AUGGGCCAUCAAAGGACCACCAGUCCGUCUGCAACUGGCCUUGUGGUGGCCCAUGUGUGGGCCACCUUUGGCAAACCAGAUCGGGGCCAUCAAAGGGCCGACAUUCUUUGCGACUGUCUCAGGAUUGUGCUGAUUGGGAAGACCGGCUGUGGAAAGAGCUCUACAGGAAACACCAUUUUAGGAAGAGAUGAGUUUAAAGCUGCAUCAAGUCAAAUGUCUGUCACAGCAUGUUGUAAGAAGGCAGAGGGUGAGGUGGACGGUCGUCCUGUUGUUGUGGUCGACACUCCUGGUCUGUUUGACACAGCUCUGACCAAUGAAGAAGUUCAUGGGGAGUUGGUGAAAUGUGUCAGUCUCCUGGCUCCAGGACCACAUGUCUUCUUGGUGGUGAUACAGGUUGGCAGGUUCACAGAAGAGCAGAAGCAAACGAUGAGGCUCAUUAAAAAAUUCUUUGGGAAGGAUUCUGAAAAGUUCACCAUCGUUCUUUUAACCAGAGGAGACGAUCUGGAGCGCCAGAGAGAGUCUAUUGAUGAUUACAUCAAGAGCAAAUGUCACGGUUCUUUUCAGACGAUGAUCUCUAACUGUGGAGGAAGAUACCAUGUGUUCAAUAACUCUGACAACCAAAACCGCACACAAGUCAGUGAGCUGAUAAAAAAGAUUGACACCAUGAUGAAGGACAAUGGAGGAAGCUUCUACACCAAUGAGAUGCUGCAAGAGGCUGAUGCAGCAAUAAAGAAGGAAAUGCUGAGGAUCCUGAAGGAGAAGGAAGAAGAGAUGGAGAUGGAAAAGGAAGAGAUUGAAAGAAAACAUGAGCAAGAAAUGAAAGCAAUGAAAAGAAGAUUGGCA